AUGACAAAAAGAAAGCGAGGUAGCACGUCAGAAGCCGGUGACAGCAAGAACACGAAUGCUUCAGAGGUCGCCAUCUCAUUCACCUCGCGCAAACCGGAAUGGGCGUAUUUACAUCUCGAAUUGGUCACCCAAUCCCCAGACGCCGGCUCAGAGCCGCUCGAUCUCCUCACGGCCAAAACAUACCUCACCACCGCCCUAUCCCAAUUUUUAGGCCUUUCCGGCACCGCGAUACCCAUUGACAUUUUGAAGCUGCAGUUGGAAGAAUUACCCACCGCUACGGCAUCGGCGCGCAGGAAAACACGGAAUAUGCUAUGGAUUAGAGUCCCCCAUGACGAUGCGGCGGCGGUAAUCGCAGCUGCAUUUGCGAUACGGGACGGCUCGCGGCUCGAAAAGGCCCUGAUCCAUGCCUCUCCACAAUAA